CAAUGAUGCUUACCCCAUAUGUAGGAUCAUAACUUCCAGCGAAACCACACCACAAUUGUCGUAGUGUGUGUCUAUGUGAAAGGCCAAAUGGUUCUCAUGAAACAGGAUCCUGCAGCUCCAGAAUGGGAACAUACUGUACAGUCUGCCAUCAUAGGUAUUUCAAAUGGUCUAAUGUUAAGAAAUUGGAGUAAGUUGUUUUAGGACAAAACACUUUUUUAAACCAUUAUUUACAUGAAGAUAUGAGCCAGUCAGAUCAGACAUAUUAAAAGAUGCAUCUGAGCAGAUGUAUUUAUUUGCUGAGGAUGUUGGGAUCUUCUUUCAGCUCGUCUGUGAAUGCUUCCAACAUUCUUGUGCCACAUGUCUGCGGGAAAAUAAAGCAACAAGAGUGCUAGCUCGUCUCGCUAGAAGUUUCGUACGUGAGCAAAAUAGAUAUUCAUGAAAUGACAUUUACUGUCAACAGUGUGUGGCUCAUUUUACUUCAUACAGCCGCUGUUAUUUUAGAAUAGGAAUUGUAGCUGUUUAGCUUGUGUUAAAAGGUGGGGAAGGACUUGUCAGUUUUUGAGGAAUCUUUUCAGAACCGGCCUCACUCCCAAAGCAGAGAGACAGUGGCAUGGAUCACGUGCUAAAAAUUGCAGACCGUUAUUUCCUGACUCCGUAUGUUUACCCAGCGUCAUGGCCCGAGGACGGGGCUCUGCGCCAACUCAUCAGCCUGAGCCUGUUGACCAACCUCGGAGCCCAAACGGUUUACAUAAUCUUUGGCGCACUAAAUUUCUACUGCGUCUUUGACCACAGGCUCAUGAAACAUCCAUUGUUCAUUGAGAACCAAGUAAGCCAAGAGAUUCAACUCGCAAUCACCUCCCUCUUCUGGAUGAGUUUUCCCACAGUGCUAAUUUUCUUCUUGGAGAUCAGAGGACACAGCAAACUCUUUGAUGACAUCAACCAGUCUUCUCGGGGCUGGCCGGGGGUGUUCCUGAGCGUUGCUGGAUUCUUGUUCUUCACGGACAUGUGUAUCUACUGGAUACACCGCUCCAUGCAUCACAAGAGCAUCUAUAAGUACUUACAUAAGCAGCAUCAUUUAUUCAAGAUCCCCACACCAUUUGCAAGCCACGCCUUCCACCCACUUGACGGCUUCCUGCAGAGCUUACCCUAUCAUGUCUACCCUUUCAUCUUCCCACUUCACAAGGUUGUCUACUUAUCUCUCUUCAUCUUCGUUAAUAUCUGGACCAUCUCCAUUCACGACGGCGACUACCGCAUUCCCGGCCCCUUAAUAAGCAUUAUCAAUGGUGCUGCCCACCACGUGGAUCAUCACCUCUAUUUCAACUAUAACUAUGGACAGUACUUUACUCUCUGGGAUCGUCUUGGAGGCUCCUACAAAUACCCUUCAGUUCUCCAAGGGAGGGGACCAACUGACCACAUUGGCAAGCUUGCAGCAGACAAGGCAUUGAUUCAGUGACAAUGGAGCAGUAGUCAGAAUACAAACACGAUU